AUGGUCACUCUCAAUUUGGAUGCAAAAGUCUCCACAUUUUCGCUUCUGAUCCCAGCAUCCUCUGCGGUUCCAACUGUAUUCUGUUGUUCCCUUCUUGAUCUGCUUUGUCGUCCUGAGACCGUCAAUAUUGUGCUCCCAUCAAAAACGAACCGUGUCAUCUCCAAGAAAUCUCUCGACGAUAAACCUGAUGACACCCCAAGUCGCACUGGACUUACCAAUUUACUAGGUUCUCCCAACUGUAGGCAUCUUCCGGUUUCAGACAUCUUGAACCUGGUCCCGGAUCAUUGUAUACUCGGUGGGGCAGAACUACUUGUCCUACUAAUUCAAGCCUUGUAUAUGACGGUGUGGCUGGUGGACAAUGGUACGGCUACACAGGUGGCGGAAGUAAUCUCUUGUGUCUACCCAACGAUCCCAUUUGGGCCAAUUAUACGACAGAAGUUGAAAUAGGUGGUUACAUUUAUG